GCUUAAAUAUAAUUCCUUGGUCUUGAUGGUGGGAAACAUUGCACAAACACCGCCACUAUAGUUGUGAAUUCAGAUCAAGAUCACAUUACUCCUUGUUGAGAAGAGAAUCCUGAUUCCUUAUGUCCCCUUCAACCCUAUAUAUACUUACCAAAUGCUUAACGUGAGACAUCACAACUUUCUUCAGUCACAUAGUUCUUCAUCUGCAAACCCCUUCUCCAACAAGAAAAGAGAAAAAAUGGCAUUCUCACCUUUGAGGUCAAAAGCCCUUCACCAUGGCCGUUCCCUUAGCUUUCCUUCUAAAUUAAAUCCAGCUACAUCUCAGUUUGAAGAAAACUUGUCCGCUUUAAAAGGUUCUGAGGCCUGCUGUUCUUCAUUGUCAUCAAUGAACAACAGAAUAAAUGGCCUUAAGAACUUGUACAAAACCAUUGAUGAUUUGCUUCUGUUGCCUCACAUUCAACAGAUCAUUUCACUAGAAUCCCAAGAGAAAUGGGUCGACCAAGUCUUGGAUGGUUACAUUACGCUUUUGGAUGCUUGCACAACAGCCAAAGAUCUCUUCUCACACACAAAGCAUGGCGUACAAGAGCUACUUUCUGCUCUGAGGAGAAAAGAUGUGCAUGGGAUCCACUGGUAUCUAAACUCCAGAAGGAAGUGGAAAAAAAUUAUCCAAAAGUCUUUGAAAGAUUUAAGGAGUUUCAAAAGCAAAAACAAUGUUGCAUCCUUGGAAAACGACGACGAGGCCAUGGUUCUCGUAUAUAUGCUAAAAGAAACAGAAUCAGUCACCAUUACCAUGCUUGAAUCCUUGUUGUCCUAUUUAAGUGGGACUAAGGAUCAAGCAAGGCAAAGUGGCUGGUCAUUGGUAUCCAAGUUGAUUCAUUCAAAGAAAGCUUCCUUCCAAGGUGAAGGAAUGGAUGUCAAUGAAUUUCAGAAGAUGGAUGCUUUGUUGCAAGUAAGCCUAGAAGACAUACAUGUUGAGGAGGUUAUGGCCCGCUCAAAAGAGAUGGAGUCAAGCAUUCAGAAUCUUGAAGAAGAUCUAGAAUGCUUAUUCAGGCAGUUGAUUAAAACCAGAGUUUUCCUCCUCAACAUUCUCAACCACUAGGCUUUUCCCUCCUGAUGGGUUAAAAAGAUUUUGUUAUUCAGGAAAAAAAUAGGUGUCUAUACUUGUACAUGAAAAUAUACUUGUACAUUUCUUUUGAUGAUAAAUGGAAAAGAAACA